GAUUUUUUUACAGAGAGGAAGGGAGAGGGAUAGAGAGCUAGAAACAUUGAUGAGAGAGAAACAUCGACCCGCUGCCUCCUACACACCCCCUACUGGGGAUGUGCCUGCAACCAAUGUACGUGCCCUUGACCGGAAUCGAACCUGGGACCUUUCAGUCCGCAGACCGACGCUCUAUCCACUGAGCCAAACCGGUUUCGGCUGGAAAAGUUUUUAAAAGAUAGUAUACUGCAAAAUGAAAAGGUGGAAUUUGGUUGAAAGAAAAAUAAUAAAAAUGUAAGAGGACAGAAGAAUUAAAAGCCAACAGCUUCUCCUGUCUCAAUAAAAUAAAGACUUACGGUUAAGGCUACCUUUCCAGAUAGUCCAACAGCUAAGUCACCAUUUUCCAAGGGCAUUUGCACCACUUAUGGAAAACGUCGGAUCCGUGCACACCAGAUGUCCUUGACAACUCAUCCCACCAUCCCCUGCACAACAUUUGCUGCACCAGCAGACUAUGAAGCCAACCACUGAGCUUCUUUUCAUUACCAAGUAGAUAUAAUAUCCCUGACAACAAACAGAGGACACAAGUGUCUCUUCACAGCAUCACGGCCAGUUGAGACCACGCUAAGAAAAUCAGCUUGCCUAUAUGAAGACUCCUUCUCUUCUUGGGUAGCCAGGAUUUAAAGGAGAGACUCUGACCUGUGCCGCUGGUAAGUGACUAAUUUUACACACUGAACUGGUCCUGAGAACCAACAUGUCUUCUUUGUAAGUGAAGACUAUACAACAUAAUCUCGAAGAACUGCGUAGUGGUGCAAGCCAGAGGCAUACUGUGUGUGUAAUGGACUCAGAAACAGGCAAGUUAAUCUUGUUGAAAGGAUUUUUCAUCUUUUGUUCUAUUUGCCAGUGUUAGUGUUUUGCUGUCUUCAAUUGUUACCUUUUUCUGGUUCCUUCUUUUCUAUUCUUAUGGGUCCCAGAAACCCCUCUCCUGGUCCCUUAUCAGAAUCAGAAAGUGAGGAAGAAGAAAACGCUAACUAUCUAAAUGAGAGUUCUGGGGAAGAGUGGGAUUCCUCUGAAGAAGAGGACCCUGUGGUGCCCAACCUGACACCUCUGGAGAGUCUUGCCUGGCAGGUUAAGUGCCUUUUAAAAUAUUCAACUACUUGGAGACCUUUAAAUCCUAAUUCCUGGUUAUAUCAUGCUAAACUCUUAGAUCCAAGCACACCGGUCCAUAUACUUCGAGAGAUAGGUCUAAGACUCUCCCAUUGCUCCCAUUGUGUACCCAAACUGGAACCAAUUCCUGAGUGGCCACCUCUGGCUUCUUGUGGAGUCCCACCUUUUCAAAAGCCACUGACAAGUCCCAGCCGGCUUUCCAGAGAUCACGCCACUCUAAAUGGAGCACUGCAAUUUGCCACCAAACAGUUAAGCCGAACCUUGAGUAGAGCCACUCCCAUCCCUGAAUUCCUAAAACAGAUCCCUAAUUCAUGUGUUUCUGGUUGUUGCUGUGGCUGGUUAACUAAAACAGUUAAGGAAACAACCCGCACUGAACCUAUCAACACCACUUACUCUUACACUGACUUCCAAAAGGCAGUUAACAAACUCCUAACUGCAUCACUGUAAAGAUUCACCAUUUGCUCUGGUAUCUCCUAUGUUUCUGAUUGAGAAAGUAAUACAAGUUACACAGCCCAGAGCUGAGAAAGGAAAGCCUUCUCAACCAAACUGCCCUGUCCUGACAAGCUGAAUAUCUAAGAGGCCCAUCAAUCAACUGCAGAAAACAUGCUUUGUGAGCACUCACUUUGAUAGACCCUGUGGAUAAAACAAGAACUUCAAUAGAGAAUUCGUCAAAAGGAACAGUGUUGCAAAAAAUAAAUUGGCUAUUCUACACCUUCAGUUCUCCCCCGCAACUUACUCUGCCUAACUGAAUAGACUCUAACUCUAGGUAUCUAAUGACUAAUGGGAAGGACAGGGCAGGCAACUCUUUUCUUACCCAGCCUUCACAGCAGCCAUUGUGGAAAGGGGGAGGUUAGCUACUCCCAAUAGUACCUUCCUAAGCAUGCUCUUCUCUGACAUUCAUUUUUAGGGAGGUAGUUAAAAUUGAAUAAUUUGACAAAAAAGAAAAUGGUGGGAAUAUGAUUUAUCUCACAGCUUUUAUAUGGAUAGGGCUGCAUAUGGCAUUAAACAGGCACCUGUUCUAUAAGGAAUAUAUUUCCUGCAUCUUGGCACCCAGACUUUAGUCAAGAGGAAAUGAAAUACAUUCCAAAAGACCAAAGAGAAAGGAUUAUUAAGAGAGCAUUUAUGUUUUCUAUACUAACUGCUAGUGGAUUAAAGUAUUUCAGUCUGUAUGUUUCCUGGUACAGCACUUAAUGCACUUUCCCAUCCAUUGCAAACUUUCCAGGAUCGCUUCUAAAUGUAAAGAACCUUAGUAUGGAAAGUCUCAGCCUAAUAUAACCUGAAGUUAGAGUUUUUUAGUAUCAUUGUUUUCCUACAUAGAUUAGCUUUAGAUCUAUCUGAACAAGGAAGUAUAUGUACUCUUGUAAAUGGGUCUUGCAGUGUUUAUUUAGAUGAGUCAAAAUGUAGAAGUCAGCAUAAAUAAAAUGCAUGAGACUGUUAGAUCUUUUCACACCAUAAAGACUGAAACCUGUCUAUGAUCCUGGUUGACGGCAUCUAAAGGAUUCAGAAAAUAGAUUGUUAAAGAUUUAUCUUAUACCCCCUUAUUUUAGUUUUGCUUUUUCCUAUUCUCCAUAACUAAGUGCUGUCUACAAUGUGGCAUCAAAACCUUAAAGCAUUAAUAGAAUCACAAAUUCUAUAAAUGUGUAGCAACUUUAGGAGAGAGAAGGAUGGUUAUAACCUAUUAAAGCAUUAAUAGAAUCACAAAUUCUAUAAAUGUGUAGCAACUUUAGGAGAGAGAAGGAUGGUUAUAACCUAAUGGGUAUUUCUGCUGAGCCUUAGUUGUCUUAAAGAAAAAAAGGAUGGGAUUGUAAUUGGUAGAAAAAACGUUUGUUGGUAGAAAAUGAUUGAACUGAAACCGUAUCACACUGUUAGUGUAACUGAAUGUAUCAGAAACUGUUCCUAUGUAGAUGUUUUCUGUGAAACUGAUUUUUUAAAUGUUCCAACCUGUUUUUUUAAGGGGAGAUGGGAAAGAUAGGGAAAUCAAAAAAUUAAAAUAUGUUGUUUAUGUAACUAUAAUAUGUUUCUUUUUCUCUGUGUGUGUUGUGUGUGUGCGUGUAUGUGUAAAAAUGGCUUGCUCAUAAACACAUUUUUGCUAUUCACUCCUAAGGGAAGCCUUUCCCCAACUUUGCAGCUGAAUAAACCAACAGCUUUGUACAUGCUGAA